GAGCGAGGGCGGAAGGCAGAUGACUGAGGGAGGAGGAUGGAGGGCAGAAGACUGAGGUCGGAAGUCUGAGGGCAGAAGGGUGAGGGCGGAGUUCGUAUGACUGGCGGCUGAGAAGGGAGGGUAGAGGACGGAGGUGCGACUGCAGAUUUGGACGAUGAGUGGCGGUAAAAGCAACCGUUGCGCCAUUCCCAAGGCAUAGGACAUCGCAUGCAAGACAGAUAUCAAGGAAAUAUGAAACAGCUGUUUGUGGAUUAGGAUGAUUUCCAGGUACAAAAGAAAGCCAGUAUCUCAGAAUCUGCAAAUCAAUCAAAGCCUUGCAAAAGCCAUAGAAAGUCAUCCACUUCCUGAGAAACUAGAUCUAUAUUCUAAUUGUCCCUAUGUUAAUCAAAGCAAAGUGACUCUAAAAUGCAAAAGUGAGUCGGAUAUUUCAGAUACAUCAGACAACCUAGGGAAAGAAACACAGGUAUCCUGUUCAGAAUCGCAGAGCUGUGUUGGUCUGUCCUCCGAUAGCAGUUCUGUCAUAUCUUGGGGCUUUGAUGAGUUUGACCAGGCUGCUACUCUGCAGGUGCAAAAGAUUUUCAGUCAUAUUGACGAAUUUCUGUUUGAACAAAAGCCAAACACCCUUGCGGAUGGACUAAAGGAAGAGUGUCAGCAAUGGGCAUCCUGCUUUCCACACCUACGCAUAAAAGGCAAACAGAUUUUGGCCCCAUUAGAUGAUGGCUACAGCUGGCAUUCCAGUUAUCCAUAUGAAGUGUCUGGGCACGCAUCUCUCAAUAUUUCCCGUGCAAGGGAUUCCAGCGAACUGGGUAUUUUUGGAACAAAAUGCCCCUUUACCAUUGCUAAUGACCCCAAUGCCUCUGGUUCCUUUUCCAUGGAUAAAGAGGAAGAUGAUGGAGAAGAUGAAUUUGGGGUCAUUAUGUCAGAUGGGAUCGUUGAAGAAUAUUUGGCAUUUGACAGCAUGGAAAAGAAAGAUGAGCUCUCUGAAUGGAAGCGGGUCAUGUCCUUGGAUAGUCUGAACAUGGGCUAUCCUCCCAUUUCUCCAAAAUAUUGUAUGAAGGAGGCAAUCCUAGCCUGUCUGUUCGAUGAUGUGUGGAGGGAAGCAGUAGGGUGCAUGCAGGACCUCAUUUGCCGUUACUGGGAAGAAUCAAUUUUAGAUGAUGAAAGGCAUGGUAGUUCUAUUAAAACUGCUAGAGAGGAAUCGCUUACUACUUAUGCACCAAUUCAGCGUCUUCCACUGGUGUUACCACCAGUUCCUCAUUUCAAGAUUCCUGCUCUAUCUCCAAGCCUUAGCUCAAAGCGCAACCGCAGCACCAAAAACAGAAAGAGUGGCAAACAGUCUCACGCAAAUCGUCCUCAAGGUGGAAACAAUGUUACCUCCAGGAAUAUGAACAACUUGAUGGUUAUUCAUGGAUGUCCACUACAGCAAAGAAAUCUGCAUCUGAUGGAGAAAGUUCUAGAUUUCGAUGACAAACUGUCCAAGAGGCCCACAUCUGCUGCUCUAAGUUCUGCAAAAUCACAGACAGGACGGACAUUGGAACACAGCUGCUCAUCUCUGUCUCAUAAUAUUCCAUCGGCAAGGAGACGUAACCCACCUCGCACCUUACUCCCUAUUAACAGCAAUCCCUCCAGAGCUGGGACACCAAAGAUAGAAGAGCUCCUCAGAGGCAUGAGACUUCCAACUGGGAAUGAGGUGCCAUGUUCUCCUGUUCCCUUCAACCGAAAUAACCUGCUGCCACCAAUUGGUACAUCAGACCAGGAUCAUCACUUUAUGGCUGGAUCUCAGAGACAAACGCCAGAUACCUCAAUGGGCUGUUCCCUUACGGCAUACGAUUCUAUAAAUGCACUCCAAAGGAGAGGAUCUGCUGGUACAGAUUCUUUCAGCAUUGGUGUGAGUGGAGUCAGUGCUUCAGCCAGUUCUAUUCGCUGGGGGCAUUCAAGCAGCAAAUCAGAGGAAGAUCACCCUUCAGGAAUCCCAGUGAAAUACCCCAGCCGUGGAGGGAAUGUCCCCCGAAGUAAACAAGGACUUUAGAACUCUUGCAGAAACCUUAUCUAUGACAUUCUGUCAUAGCACCUUUUUCUUUAGAAAGCUACAGGAGAAAUGUAAGAGAUGCCAACUGCUUCCCAUAGUACUGCCAGACUGAGUAACAUAAUGCACUUCGUGCACAUUGGGGAAAUGUUGAGGGUAGACUAAAUUGCCAAUAGUAGUUUGCCUUCAGGAGAAGUUAUCCGGUUCAACAAAGUUCUAUUGACAAUAUUUUUUGCACAGGUUUUUUUUCAUCGUUGUUGUUAAGGUUUUCAAUUCCUCCUCACAGCAGUGAGCAAUGUAAGAGCCUGCCUGAUUGUUAGUGAGCACUUACCAACCAAUUUGUAUAAGCUCUUGAAUGCCCAGAAUCGCUUCGCUUUUAUUUCAGAGGCAAUCAGCCAACCCAUGUGGUACAAUCCUAGAUCAUGGGUUUGUUGCUCAAAAAUGUGAUGGUAUUUUUGAGUUAUAAUUGCCUGACCCACAAAUUUUCAAGCAAUUGCCCCUGAAAUAAAUGGGAAGCCAUUGCCGGCAUUCUCUCAGAAGAGAAGCUACUACAGCUUUAGUAACAAAUGCCUGGAAAUUGCUGUGAGUAUAAUUGCCCUAAAAGUUUGGACAACAUGGCACAGUGUCUGUAGCAUCCAGGAGCUUAGGUUUCUGGAAUAGGGGCAUUUUCUCCACCACCAUAUUGCAGCUAGUGAAGAGGAGAUCAACACAUCCCCCCCCCCAUGCUAAACAACCUUGGCUAAAAAAUCCAUCUGUAAUAGUAGUGUUAGGCAAUUCCCAUCAUAAUUGCUCAAAGGAUGAAAAGGCGGCUCUCCGGUGAGAUAAAAAGCUGGUUUAU